UGCGGUUGCAGCUGCAGCAACAUCAGUAGCUACGCGCUUGCAACCGAUAAAAGUCGAAGGGUGCGAGGAGUGCUGGAAAUGCCCUUUUCUUUUCCUUUUGUCAACACAAACAUAUUUCAAAUAUUUUUAAUCUCAAGCUCAUAUUUUUCGUUUGCUUUAGUCGUAUACUUUUCAUUUUAAGCGACAAAAAACAUUUACACGUAACUAAUAUUAUAUUUUGGACCUCAUUGUUCUUUAAGGCGCAGUACAUCGAUAUCAGGUUUUUGUUUAAAUCUCCAAAAGAGGGGAAACACAAAGGUUACAAAUCACAACAGUGAUAUACAAAGGGGGGAUAGGGACUACUGCUACUAACGAGCAAUAAAUAGCAAUGCGGGCGAUUUCAACCAUUGUCUCAGCCACCGCGCUCGUCGCGAUGCAGUUUGACAGCUCCAACAUGUUUGCCUCCGCCGCGUGCAAUUUCGACAAGAUUUCCGUGGACACAAACCCAGGAUUCCAAAUCACGGUCAACGAUGACUACAAGCUUCUCGAAGAUACUAUCGCCAACGUAAAGUACGGACUGUACUGCGACAGCCAGCCUUUGGACGUCAAGAAUGUUGAUAAGUGGUUCAAGGUGCCCAUUGAGACUGCUGGCACUCGCGUGCCCAUCGCCUCGGGCUUCCUCGAGGCCCUCGGUUUGAGCGACAAACUGACUGCCGCCGAGUUGCCGACAAAUCUGACAAACAUCUGCCUGGACACAUCCAAAAUGAAGACGCUGGACAAGGCGAGCGGCAAAAUUAACAGCGACGUUGAUGUCAUCUUCAGUGCCGAUGCCGGCAGCGAUGGUGGCUCGUCAGCCCGUCUUCCCACUGAUGACAAACUGGCGCCACUGCAAAAGGCGGAGUGGAUAAAGUUUGUUGCUGCGUUCUUCAACGAGGAAAAGGCUGCCGAAUCGCUGUUUACCAGCAUAUCCGACAGCUACAACUGCCACCGCGCCAACCUGCAGUAUCUCAAGGAGCCAUCCCACGCCUACUGGGUACAGUACUCGGACAGCACCGGCGCGAACAGCUACAAUAUCAUCACAUCGGCGUACCAGAAGGAGCUGCUGGCUAGUGCUGGCGCCACCAGCAACACCAAGGAGGCGAUUAGCGAUCCGUCUGACGUGACCAAGUUCCAAGCUGCAAUCAAGGAUGCGGACAUUGUCAUUGACCAGUCAGAGCUGACAGACUACGGGCAGAGGGUCACCGAAUGGUACAAGAACUUUGGCUACACGGACCCGCAGAACUCGGGCGUCAACUUCCUUAUGCAGCGCCAAAUCUACCGCACUGACGGGUACACCAGCAAGUCGGGCAUCAGCAACUUCCCAGAGUUUGGGUAUGUGCGUCCCGAUCUGGUGCUUCAGGACAUUAUUUCCGUGCUUGAGCGCACUUACAACCCGGACUAUACACCCCGCUGGUUGCUGUGGUUGGGAGGGACCAACGAGAACACCGACAUCAUUGGCGAGGACAACUACAAGUGCGGCAGCAGUAGGUGGCUGUCGACUGUGAAUAAGUGCACGUCCCGCACGGACUUUGACGGCACCACGCCUUCGGACGACACCACAGAUGAUUCUGAAGACAAGGAAGAUGACAAGGAAGAUGACAAGAAUGAUGACAGCAAGAAUGAUGACAGCAAGAAUGAUAAUGACAAGUCUUCUUCGGGUAGUGGACGCGCGGGCAAGAUCGCCGGCGGCGUGAUCGCUGGUAUUGCCUUUAUCGGCCUGUCCUUUGUUGGAGUCCACUACUUCAACAAGCACCGCCGUCAUGUGCGCCUCCGUGCCCUCAGCCAGGGCGAGUACGGCGACAACAUUGGCCUGCGCGAGGCCGGCCGCUUCAACUAGAAAUCUGCUUAACUUACAAUUUAUACACACAUUUGUUUGGUUGUAUAUCAUUUCAAUACAAAAAUC